AUGGAGAGAGGGGAGAUAGAAGAGAGUAUUACAGUGGGAUUGUUGAGGAGGACUGGUACCGGCGGGAGUGGGGAGUCAAGGUGGGUGGAUGGGAGUGAGGUGGACUCAGAGUCACCUCCAUGGUCAAUACAUGGGGACGAGGGGCUCAGAGAAGGGUACGGAUCUGUUAGGAGAAGGCUUGUGAAGAAGCCCAAGAGAGUCAAUUCUUUCGAUGUUGAAGCCAUGGAGAUUGUUGGUGAUCAUGCCCACCAUAAGAAGGAUCUUUCACUUGCGGGAACUCUUGCUCUAGCAUUUCAAACGCUUGGUGUGGUAUAUGGUGAUGUGGGAACAAGCCCUUUGUAUGUUUUUGCUGAUGUGUUUAGUAAGGUAACCAUAACUUCAGAAAUUGAUGUCUUGGGGGCAUUAUCGAUAGUGAUAUAUACAAUUGCUCUCAUUCCCCUCAUGAAGUAUGUAUUUAUAGUACUGAAGGCCAACGACAAUGGAGAAGGAGGAACGUUUGCUCUGUAUUCAUUGAUCUGCAGGUACGCAAAUGUUAAUCUUCUCCCAAAUCGCCAGCCGGCCGAUGAAGGUAUCUCCAGUUUUAAGCUCAAGCUGCCCACACCGGAACUGGAAAGGGCACUAAAUAUAAAGGAUGCACUGGAACGUAAAUCCUUUUUGAAGACCCUUCUCUUGCUCUUGGUCCUCACAGGAACAUCAAUGAUUAUAGGGGAUGGUAUCUUGACACCAGCAAUGUCGGUGGUGUCUGCUGUGAGUGGUCUUCAGGGUAAGAUACCCGGUUUUGGAACAAAUGCUCUUGUUAUCACUUCGAUAGUCAUACUUGGUGCAUUGUUCAGCAUACAACGAUUUGGGUCAAGUAAAGUUGGCUUCACAUUUGCUCCAGCCCUUGCUAUCUGGUUCUUUAGUUUGGGGUCAAUUGGAAUUUACAACCUGUUUAAGUAUGAUGUUUCUGUGGUAAGGGCAUUGAAUCCAGCUUAUAUCUUUCUUUUCUUCUCGAAGAAUUCCAGUAAGGCAUGGUCAGCUCUCGGUGGCUGUGUUUUAUGCAUCACAGGAGCCGAAGCAAUGUUUGCUGAUUUAGGUCAUUUCUCUGUGCGAUCUAUACAGAUUGCGUUCACUGGCGUGGUCUUCCCCUGCCUUCUCUUAGCCUACUUGGGCCAAGCUGCAUAUCUCAUGAAACAUCCAAAUUCAGCCAGCACAGUAUUUUAUUCCUCUGUACCUGAUGGGUUUUUCUGGCCAAUAUUUGUGAUAGCUACAGUUGCUGCUAUAAUUGCCAGCCAGGCCAUGAUAUCUGCUUCGUUUUCUUGCGUCAAGCAAGCCAUGGCUCUCGGAUGCUUCCCACGGCUAAAGGUAGUUCACACCUCGAAAAGGCACAUGGGUCAGAUUUACAUUCCCGUAAUCAAUUGGUUUUUGAUGCUCAUGUGCAUGGCUGUAGUUGCUGCUUUCAGAAGCACAACAGACAUAGCAAAUGCAUACGGCAUAGCUGAAGUUGGCGUGAUGUUGGUGAGCACCACUAUGGUUACGCUAGUGAUGGUUUUGAUAUGGCAAACGAAUCUGUUUCUAGCGUUGUGCUUCCCGCUUGUAUUCGGGUCAAUAGAGCUUCUGUACUUGUCUGCUGUACUGUCAAAAAUCCUGGAGGGCGGUUGGCUUCCGCUCGUCUUUGCUUCGUUCUUCCUGUCCGUGAUGUACGUGUGGAACUAUGGGAGCGUGUUGAAGUACCAGGUCGAGGUGAAGCAGAAGAUCUCGAUGGAUUUCGUGUAUGACCUCGGGUCUACCCUUGGAACUGUGCGAGUGCCGGGCAUUGGCCUGCUUUACAACGAGCUCGUCCAAGGUAUCCCCUCGGUUUUCAUGCAGUUCCUGCUCGACCUUCCAGCAAUCCACUCGAUCAUCGUGUUUGUUUGCAUCAAGUAUGUCCCAGUGCCCGUCGUCCCUCAGGAGGAACGGUUCUUGUUCCGAAGGGUCGGCCCGAAGGACUACCACAUGUUCCGGUGUGUUGCCCGAUACGGUUACAAAGAUGUGAGGAAGGAAGAUCACCAAGCAUUUGAGCAGCUCCUGGUGGACAGCCUUGAGAAGUUUUUAAGGAAGGAGGCUCAGGAUCUUGCCCUGGAGAGUGUCAGCAGCGUGACACGUCAGACUGAUGACGUGGCAUCCACCAGGUCAUCUGACGCGGGAGAUGGCAGUGGGAUAGAGGGUCUCAAGGUUCCAUUGAUUCAGCAGGACGAGGGGUCGGAAGAAGGCGUGGCGGCCGAUGAUGAGUCAGCGUUGCUAUUGCCAGCUAGCGCCAUGUCAGCGGACGAAGAUCCCAGCUUGGAGUACGAGCUGUCAGCGCUCCGCGAAGCCACCGAAUCGGGUUUCACGUACUUGCUGGGGCACGCUGACGUGAGGGCCAAGAAAAGCUCAUGGUUCAUCAAGAAACUCUCCAUCAAUUACUUCUACUCAUUUCUGAGGAGGAACUGCAGGGGUGGGGCCGCCACAAUGCGAGUUCCUCACAUGAAUAUAAUCCAAGUUGGGAAGACAUACAUGGUCUGAUCUGGGGUUUAGUGUUUUCCUUUCCUUAAUUCUUCAUAUGCCUCAUUAUUUUCAGUGGCAUAAUGUAGUGAUUGAUUUGAUUGGUGUGAUACCCAGACCCAGCUGCUGCCCAGAUGAGAUGGUAGCUUUUGUACCUAUCUACAUGCAUCUAAAUGAAGAAAUUUAUGGGUGUGUUUAUUUGAACA